CAGACUAGAUUUAUUCCGAGUGCUGUAAACAUGAUAAAAGAUUUCUAGAUCUUGUCUUUACCUUAAAAUUAAUGUUAUCAGUUGAUAAUCUAUGUUAUUAAUAAUGAUUAGUCACCUUAAAAUUAUUAGCAAACAAUUGUACUAGCGUUGCACAAGCUUUUAUCUAAGCGCCAAAACACGUUAAAAUGUUUGUGAGGUUACGGCGUAAUACUUUAAUUAUAAUUGGUAAAUAAAUAUGUCGCAAUCGUCAUCGACGUUUUCUAAUGGAUGGGCGAUCGACACUGCGCCUGACCUGAAGAACUCGAGUGAUAAGGACGUAAGUGGCCCCCUGCCGAGUUGUUUGUCUCUUCGAUAAUGCGUCCUCUAUGACCUUAUCAGGACCAAGUAGAUUAUUUUUCUUUAAUUUGUUUAUAUAAUAUGACUGUUUUGCAGUAAUUAAGCCGAUUAUAAAGAAACUUGGCCAGAAGUACAAAUGUAUGAAACCGAUAGGAUUUUUUUCAUCACAGAUAGAGAGAAUACCCAAUUAUUGAAAUACAUCAAGGGCUCUUAAAGGUUUAGGUUCUUAAAUAAUUAUGUUUAUCUGGUAUGAGAAUUCUCUAAGCUCUAAUUAUAAUUAUAAACUACCUAAGUAGUUAGUCAUAAUUCCAUUCACUACUUUGAGCCGAGACAGUUUGAUUGUAUUAUCUAUUCACUAAAACUAAUGAAGAAAGUCCAGACUAUAAUCGUGAUUAAUUGACAUAUCUAUAUUGUAAUGAACAUGGAAUUAAUCUUUAAUCUUGGGUUAUUUUUGAGCUAAUUACUGUCUGAAAUAAUAUCUAAUAGUAAGUAUUGAUUAUGUCAAUAGUACAAAGGUUAUAGAUAUAAGCAAUUUGUUGAGGUAUUGAGUUAUACCAUAUUCGAAACCAGCAAAUCUUUGUAGUAUUUAACUCAAUAUCGUAAUAGUUUUGGUAUAUGUCAUCUACGGAAAUAGUAAUAAUAUAAUAUCUUACCUAUUACAUAAGUUUAUUCUAUUAAAUAUGUUGUCAAUAGUGAACAACUGAACACCUACUUAUUCAUAAACUUAAUAUUCCAUAAACAUACACUAUGCUCUUUCAUUACAUAUGAUGGACAAACAUUAUGGAAAUUUAAUAACAUAAGUUCUUAUCGACUGGUCAACAUAAUAAUUAUAGAUAACAAAAAACAUUAAUAUGUUAAACAUGGUUAACAAUUACACUCUCUAUUCAUUGACGGCCUUCCACUAUAAAAUUGACUAGCUGCUAUACUUAGAGACAUCUAAUGAUCACUUAAAUUAUUCCUUAGUAACAAUUUUGUUCUGAAAACAAAUUACUCUGAGUAGGAAAGUCAGAAAUUGAAUAAAUAUAGAAAAGUAGUAAUGGUUAGCUGAGAAAAAAAAAUUUAUGUACCUAAUAAUAAUAAUUGAAUUAAUACUUGUGGUAGUAUCUUACUGUAAAGGCCUAUAUUGGCUCCCAAUCUGAUAAGAACAAUGGACGGAGUGUCAUGCGCCUGACCCUUGAUCUCCCGUCUUUAUUUGUUUAGACCAUUUGGAUGAUUUCACUAUCAGCCCAUAUUUAAACAAGAGCUUAAUUGUCUGCAAGAUACAGGGAUGUUGUGUUUUAAUAUUAUUUAAGUGCUUAAUAUUUUUUUUUAUUAUAAUAGAUUUUUUUAAUAAACACAUUAACUGGCUUAUAACCAAAAUACCUAUUGUGCAUUACCUGACAUUUAAACCAUUAUAUUACUGUUGUCAAACACAACUUGUAGUUAUACCUAUUGUAUGUAUUCAACAUAAAACAAAUUAAAAUGUUAGGUAUUUAUUCAAUUUAUACACUGUGGUAUCGGUCACUAAAACACGACAUAAUGUAACUUGAAUUAGUCACUUCACAAGGCAAAAUUAUGUUUAUCUUUCUGGAAAAGAACCUUCAUAAAAAGCUUAUCACAAGAUGAAAUAUAAUUAUUCUACUAAUAUAAUAAUAAUCAUUACAAACACAUAAUUUUUCUGAAAUAAAUAAUUAUUAUUAGCAAGGUAAUGUAAAAUAGAAAUGAAAUUAAUGUAAGUACUUGAUUAAAGAAACAAACAAACCAAAGUACAAAAUGUAUGCCGGACCUAAAAUACUUCCUUGAGGAACACCAGUCACUAACUAGAUUUAAACAAGCUUGAUGCAUUUGUUGCACUGAAUUGCAUAUUGCCCACCUUUGAACUAAUUCUGGAUUCGCUUGACUUACAUUACACUAAUGUAUUUAAAUUCUAGGUCCAUUCAACUCUAAUGACAAUGUUGUUACACAUUCAAAACCUAGUUCCUAUUUUCUUUUUUAAUUUCUUGUGCGUAAUAAUGCUGAAAUACGUUUUGAUCUGUAAAUAGUUAGUAUUAGAAUAAUCAUAAAUUAUUGUAUGAAGUGAUCAUAUUUAAUUUAUUAUCACCAUUCGAAAUUGAGAAGUAAAACAUGCAAUGUGAUUUGGACAAAACCGUGUGAAAAACUUAGUAAAUUUUUCACACGAAAAGAUAACAUGACUUUCCCCUUAAAAAAAUAGAUUUUUUUUAUUUCAUUAUCAGUUGUGGUCCUUAGAGUCGACUUCUGUUCUGAUAACCGCAAUUCAUACCAGAAGUUAUAAGACCCCACAUUAACUUGAAGUUAUCAUAAAUAAAUAAUAUACGAAUGUUACGUAGUUACUUGUUUUUCAUGUAUGUACGCACGAGCUAUAAAUACGUACUCAAGAUAAUUAUCUAUAGUAAUGUCACUUUGAUAAUUAUUGCACGCCUCUUUUUAUUAGUUCAUACCUACAAAAUGUAUAUAAAUGGGCCGGCGUCCAUGUGUUCGCAGUUAUUUCUGUUUAUGUGCGUUACUGUUACAUUGUAGUGUGUUUUGUGAUGGUUAACAAUUUGAACGCUACUUUCGGCGAUUUUGUCUCCGUGAGUUUUCGGUUUUUCUUCAUUUAUUUGUUUUGCUUAAAACUUUUAUAGGUGUAUAGGCCCACCAUGGCAAUAUGGAAUAGUUUUAUGUAAUGUGUUACCAUAUUAACGUUUGUGACAAUAUCCAGUAAAUUCAAGAUAUAAAUAUUUUUGACUGACUUAACUAUGUCGAAAAUUACAGUAUCCUGCUUAUAGUUGGCGACCCUACACUAUCGCAGCUUCUCAUUACCCCCUAGUCAGUAGGCACGGAUACUUAUUAUCAUGUGGGGUGUCGAUCGCGACCUUCCACCUCGCUCACCCGCGAUGCCUACGUCCCUCGUCUGCCGCUGAUAACGACUCAUAUAAAUGAUCGCUUAUUAUCGCCCCGCAGUAUAUUCGUUCAGUGUCCGUACGUCUACCUACCAGUGUGCACGUUCAACGCAUCAUUAAGCUUCGUUUACCUCAGUCCGCGAAAUUUAGUUGUUGUUUAUAUCGUUACUGUUUUAAUUUUGUUCAGUUUUAAUAUUCCUCAUGGCUAAGUUCGUCGACCGUGAUUUUCUUUCUCCUAAUUAAGUUAAUCAAGUGUCUCUGAAAGUGGACUUGAAAGUGCUACAAACUCUCUGUGAACGCAACUCAAGCGUUGGCUCUGUCUCUUUUAAAAUUCGCAGUGGCACAAGCAUACAUGCAUUUUUCGAGCGAGGUGUUGCAAAAAAUGACCAUUGUUCUGAUGUACCGUAUCAACCCUAUCUACUACUCAGACUACUCGGAUACGAUUUAGGUUUUUACCUGAAAUUCUAUCGACUCAAAAGUUAUCUCUGUCAUUGGCUAUAUCACUUUGAAUACUACAAGUUUGGAGUAUAUUCUAAAGAUAUCACCUGACAAAGGAUAUUUUCUAGUCAACCAAAAAGGAUUUGACUGUAACUCAGAAUGGAUAUUGUGGCAAACUACCACCCGGUGUUCAAGGCGUUCCUCGCCGGUUCCUUCUCCGGUACCUUCAGCGCUGUACUGUUCCAGCCGCUUGACUUGGUGAAGACUCGUCUACAGAACCCAUCUCAACAUGUUGUUGCGGCGACUGUCAAUAGCCGAAUCCAACCCGGGAUGAUGACGAUCUUCACGAACAUCAUUCGUCAGGAACAAAUUGUGGGACUAUGGAGGGGCAUGGUUCCUUCCAUAGCUCGCUGCGUUCCCGGCGUGGGAAUCUACUUCUCCUCUCUGCACUGGUUGAAAGCCAAGAUGGGCAAAACGAAGGGCGACUUGGGCGCUUUGGAAGCAAUCAUGUUGGGGGUCGUUGCAAGAACCAUGAGUGGCGUGACUUUGAUACCUAUUACUGUGAUCAAAACUAGAUAUGAAUCUGGGGUGUACAAAUACAACAGCUUGGGUGGUGCUCUGAAGGCCAUUUACAAAGCGGAAGGCAUCCGGGGCCUUUCCUGUGGCCUGGGCCCAACCCUCGCCAGAGAUGCACCUUUCUCUGGCCUGUACCUCAUGUUUUAUUCGCAAACCAAGCAAAGUGUACCUAAAGAAUGGAUGCAGUCGCCUACCGCAGCCAGUGCCGUCCACUUCAGCAGUGGUAUAGUAGCCGGGAUCGCUGCGUCGCUAGUUACCAACCCAGCUGACGUGCUUAAGACCAACAUGCAGUUGUACCCUGACAAGUUUCCCAACGCAUUCAGCGCCGCUGUAUAUGUACAUCAGACGUACGGCGUAAAAGGUUACUUCAAGGGUGCUGUGCCAAGAAUGUUGCGUCGCACGCUGAUGGCUGCGAUGGCGUGGACCGUCUUCGAAGAAGUUACUAGAACGAUUGGCUUGAAAUGAGAUUCUACGCCGAAUAUCUAACUUUUCUUAUAUAUUCGUCCAUUCAUGAUGUCGUUUUGCUUGAUAUUACUGGUAUGAUGUUCCUAGAUUUCAUCAUUUAGUUGUUCGAAUAUUAUCUACGCUUUAAUUUAGUAUAUUAACCCUUUCUUAGGUUUAGUACCCAAUUGUGAUAUGAAUGUAUUCAACUUCAUUGUUAACCAUUUACACUGUAUUUUAUUUUAUUGGUUAAUUCAAUGUAUGUCAAAUAUUUAUAGUUUCUUUUCUAACCAUGAUAAUUUGUUUUGUAUAGAGGAUUUUACAUACUAUUUUUGUAUGGGCUUCGAUUCUGUUGUGCACAAACUAAAUGUUUCUAUUCUUACUCUUACAAGAAUGAAAAAGGAUGGUAUUCAUCUUAUAUGUAUUUUAAAUAUCUUGAUACCUACCUGCCUAUUGUAAAGUAUUUGAGUUUGUGUUUAAAAGAACGACAGCCAUUGUACUAUGUGCCUAUUUUAUUUUAUUCAAAGAAAUAAAUAUUUAAUCAAAGA